CCAAUUAUUUAUAUUAUUUUAAUUCAAUAAUUCCAAUGGGCACAAUUAUUUUUCUCUAUAUAUUCAAACUACUGAAUCCCUUCAAAACCUCUUUCCUUCUCUUCUUAUCAUCUCUUCCUCAAAAUUGGUCAAAAUUCAUCCCUUCUCUCCCAUUUGCAAUUUUGCAUAUUCUUUCUUAUCAUCUUUUCUUUCUUUAAGAAUCAUAUUUAGAGUCUAUCUUUUAGCCCAUAGUCUUUGACACCCCUUUAGAAUUCUAGAUCAACAAUUUUCUUCAUAUAUAACCAUACGGUCCAUCCAUAACUACAACCAUAACCCUCUCAUAUACAUCUCCUAAACCAUCCUUAAGUUCCUUAAUUAAACCCUCUAAGCCUUUAUUGCUCUUAUUAAGUCUUAAACCCUUCACAAAGCAACUUUGAUUUCUUUGUUCAUAUAGUUAUGAAUGAUUGAAAAUCAACACAGAUGUCUCCACUAAUCUCUGAGAUCUCUAUGAUAAACUCAACACUCAGACGCAGGACACAUUUAGUUCAAUCUUUCUCUGUUGUUUUCCUUUACUGGUUCUAUAUUUUCUCAUGAAUUAUUAAUUAACCACUUUUUUAUCUUUCGUAUACAAAAUUUAGUUUCAUUAAUUAAAUCAACCUAAUCAUUUUGAUUUUUAACUACCUAGUUAGAAAAAAAUAGUUAUUAUUAGACAUCAAAGUUUAAAUCUAAAUCUAAGAUCGCUAAUCGCGACCGCAAUUUAAAACCUUACUUCAUUAUGGCUUCUCCUGGUGGAACAUAUUCAUCUGGAACAAGCUCUCUUCAAAACUCUGGAUCUGGAUCAGAGGAUCUGCAGGUGAAUAUAACAGAUCAAAAGAAGAGGAAGAGAAUGCAAUCGAAUCGAGAAUCAGCAAGAAGAUCAAGGAUGAAGAAACAGCAACAUAUGGAAGAUCUUAGCAAUCAAAUUGAACAAUUGAAAAAAGAGAAUAAUCAAAUAAGCACAAACGUAGGUGUAACUACUCAGAUGUACCUGAAAGUUGAAUCUGAGAAUGAAAUUCUUAGGGUUCAAAUGGCUGAAUUGAGUAACAGAUUGCAAUCUCUUAAUGAUAUUAUUCAUUACAUUGAAUCAAGUAAUAAUUCAUUGUUUCAAGAGACUGAUCAAUUGUUCAAUGAUUGUGGAUUUUUGGACAAUUGGAAUACUUUUCCUGUUAAUCAACCAAUCAUGGCCUCUAAUGACAUGUUGAUGUAUUGAUUGAUGAAUUUUGAUGCCAAAUGAUGAAUGGCUUUUGGUUGCUUCUUGGAGCUAGUUGAUUGUAACUUUGUCUUUUGUUUAGUAUUUUUAUUUUGUUUUCUUGUAAUGUCAAUUGGGUUCAUUUUAUAUUAGUAUUAGUCUAUUAUUAUUAGUAUAAGUUUUCUAUAAGAUGUAUUAAGGUGAGUCGAAAAAAUAAAUAAAUUUCAGAUGUAUCAAGGUUUGUUUCUA